UCGAUCCCCGGGCACGGCAAAAGAUGCAUUUCUACGUGUCGGAUCGAGUGCUCCUGCUGUUUAGCUGCUGGAAUGUCCACUCUUUAACAGGAAUGCUUCUGACUAUGAUGGUCAUUCUGCUCAUUGCCACGGUUUACGAAAUCUUAAAAGUUCUGACAGUGAAACUGGACAAGAAAGCCCUGGACCUCAUAACACCCACACCCCUCACAGCAGAGGAAGUGACAGAAACAGCGCCUAACAAUUCAGCGAGGAACAGCAGCUCGAGACAAAGGUGGAUACGGCUGCACUCUUCCCAGUCACUUCUACAUAUCGUCCAAGUUGCGAUCAGUUACUUGCUGAUGCUCUGCGCCAUGUCCUACAACGUGUGGGUUUUCCUGAGCAUUGUGGUGGGGGCUGGAAUCGGCUACUUCUUGGCUUACCCACUGAUCAACAGGUGCUGACUCGCGAAAGAAGAUUAUAUAUUGUUUAAAAAAACGUCAGGAGACUCCAAAGCACAAGUUGGUGGUCAACAACUGGACAGGAAUCAUUAUCUCCUCUAAGCCUUCGAGACAGAAGGGAAAUGAUGCACUCAAUGUUAAAAAAAAGAUUUGUUAACGACGCACAAAAGAAGCACGGUUAUAAUAAGCUGUCUGACAAGCUCUUCACCCAUGUGCCUUUCCUUGUGUGUGUGUGUGGAUGUUAACAUGCUCUUUGGCUCAAAGCAGUCAAUGGCUGCAAUUCACAGAAACCGAGUGGCUUCAUUUAUCCAUCAGAACUGGAACGUUCUUUGUCAAACCAAAAAGAAAAAACUACUUAUUGAUUUAGAAAAACAAAUAACAUACGCUUGUUUAAUACUUUGCCAAGUUUAAAAGUCCUAUAUGGGUAUUGUGGAAGGCGUGUAUUAGGCCAACUCAGAGCUACUCAUGUCGGGGACUUUGAGCUCACAGUCUAGGCUGACACAGUGAAGCUUCAUCUCAGGCCAAAUGUUACAAUGGGAAGGACAACCAACAAAAGAGUUAAAAUUCCUUCCAUUCCUCAAGACCAGCAUCUAACGAAUGACUCAAAUGCCAGUGUCAGCCGUAGAAUGAACUGUACAUAAACACACAUACAGUGCACGUAAGAAAUCAAGAAAAGAAUUGAUUAUAUCAUGUACCAUCCUCUCGGCGAUGUCUUGAUGCUGAACCAAAUUGCAAUGAUUGUUAUUGUGUAAUUGUGCCAAGCAUUCUUGCUAUUUUCUCUCUUAGUUUAAUCUUUCACUGGGUGAACAGUAUUGCUUUGCUGGUGAAUUCCAGGCAUUGCAUGGAGUGGAACUGUAGGUCAGAGAAGCAGCUUACAAUCCUCCAAUUGUUACUGAGCGGAGAUCAGCUCCCGGCUCCCUCCUCUCCCCUUCCCCUUUACCUCCUCGAUAAUAGUGGAAUCUGUCCAAACUGACCUCAGCAACACCUUAUCAUCUCGGUAUCUUUCAGUCUCUGCGACUUCCUCCUGGCAGCGAAUUCCCACAGCUAAAGCCAUGACUGCAUUUAUUCCAGAUAUACAUCACACAUGACUGUCCUACACAUUACUACAUACCAGACAGACAUCGAGCCAAUCCCGUGUCUAUAGCCCCAGACAGGCCCCAAAAGGCACUUUGUGUACAUUUGCAUCUUCCCACGAAGCUGUUAAGCAAAACAGCUUUGUCUAUUUAAUGUUCAUUUCGAAUUUUGACUUGCGAAUGAGCUUUUUAAAGUAAUAAAAGGGUAUUAAACGGUACUGACUUUAACCCUCGCCAUGCCGAAUGGAAUAAACUGCAACUUGCAAUCUCUUUGGGAAACCUUUCCCGGUUUGAGAGAGCGCGAGAGAGAGCAGAUAUGGGGCUCAUUUGGCUCGAAAUCACAUGCAAAUGACCCGAAAAAUGUGUUUCAUUCCAAUUUCCACCACAUACGUAAAUGGAUUUUGCCAGAAACAUUUACACGCAGAGGAAGAAUCUGCUCCUUUAAUGCUGCUUUAUGAAAAGAACAUUGCACCUCCAAGUGUGGGUGUAAUUGCAUUGUCGGAGGACCAAUAAUCCCCCUUUCUUUCGCUGGCGGUCUGGGAAAAUAAAACAUUUUAUAUUAAAGUUUUAAAAUGAUUAUAAA